AUGACACUUCCACCCACUUCCGGCAUUUACUUCUUUCCCGAAGACGAUGUACCCCCACCUGGCGACCCAAUUUGCGACUUGCAACUGGACCAACCAUCGCUCACGGGUACCCUCCGCCGAAACUUCGUCUCAAUAUUUGGUAAAUAUAUCCGCCCGUGGGCUACACACACGGACGCCAAUUAUCCGCUACCGGUAUCGCCAGUACGACAGCAGGUCUUCCUCCCACUUGUGCAAGUCUCGUACCAAUGUCAAAUCUUCACGACAACCACCAGGACAACACUAACACAGGUAUUCUACCACCCCGGGAACCGACCCAUUUCCAAAGCAACCUACACGUUCCCACUAUGGGCGAAUUGUUCCGUCGUCUCUUUCGUUUGCAGAGUCGGUGAAAGUAAGGUUAUUACCGGGGUCAUAAAACCGAAAGAAGUCGCGAAGGAGGCUUAUGAGAAGGUUGCAAGCAGCGGGAAGAUGGCUGGGCUGUUGGAGUAUAACACCCCAGAUGUUUUCACCACAAGUAUUGGGAAUAUACCCGCUGGUGUGAAGAUUAAA